AAAUAGAUUUAUAAGCAGUGGAUAGAUAGAUCUCUCAAACCACUACCCUCCCCCUGCCAAAAAUGGAGGUGACCUUGUCUGCAGCCAUCUCCAAUACCCUCGAUUGCUCCGGCCAAACCUUCCGAAAUCAAUUAAUUCUCCUCCACCCUCGACGAAUCAACCCCAACCCGAGCGCUGCGUUUCGGCGAUCAUCAGUCAAGUUUGGCUUGAGGAAUGCUGGAGCUGCGGUCUCUUCCGCUGCUUCCUUUGCUUCUCCUUCUGCUAAUGGUCGGAAGGUCAAGUCGAAUCUCAUCGCUGCUGCUGCUGCUGAUGAUGUUUCGCCCUUAUCGCCCGAUGUGAUAGUUCUUGAUGUUAGCGGGAUGACUUGUGGAGGAUGUUCAUCAAGUGUACAAAGAAUUUUGGAGAAUCAAGCACAAGUGGCUUCUGCGAAUGUGAAUCUUGAAACAGCGACAGCAAUUGUAUUGCCUGUAUCUGAAGCUACAGCUACACCAAAUUGGAAGAAAGUAAUUGGGGAAGAUCUUGCAAAGCAUUUGACAACUUGUGGAUUUUCCUCUACCCUUAAAGAAGGAUAGCCAUCUUAGAAAUGCAAAAGGGUGUUGUAAGAAGCAAACUUUUUUUAGUCUUUUUAUAAACUUUUAAAAAAUAUCUUGUUAUAAAUACUGUUAAGAUCUCUUGGCAUUUAUUGGUGAUUUAAUCUCAAAAUGGAAUAUUUGGUGUAAGUUUUAUGUUGUGUAGAUGUAGAAUUUCAUUUCUUUACAACUAUUUGUCUACAUUUGUAGUUGUUGAUGAUGUUAUUAUUAUAUAUAUAUUAAAGUUGUAGAAG